AUGCAGCCAGGGCGGGCCUCCAUUCACGAUUUCAAGGGCUUCAUGGAGCUGUCGGCAGGACCCUCUGCAGCCAGGGAGAAGCUGUCCCUGGGGCCCGACCAGCUGCUGCUGCGGGGGACGAGGCUGCGGAACACGGACUACAUCAUCGGGGUGGUCGUGUACACCGGCGCUUGCACGAGGAUGGUGCUGAACUCCCGGCAGGCGCCCAUGAAGCAGUCCAACAUCGAGAUCACAACCAAUAGAGUGAUGUGGAUCGUCCUGGCGGCGCAGGCGCUCCUCGCCCUGUGCAGCGACAUCUUUUACCUGCUCAACAGGAGCUCCCUGGAGACUCACUGGUAUUUGUUGGGGACGCACAUCGGCCUCCCCAUCGGGAUCGCGUAUUGGUUGACUUUUUUCGUGUUGUACUCGAACUUGAUGCCAAUGUCUCUUUACAUGACGGUGGACAUGUGCAAUGCUGCCCACGCCUACUUCAUCAAGCACGACAAGAAGAUGUGUUACAUCGGGAAGAACCACCCGCACGACAGCUUUGCGUCCAACGUGCGCGCCUCGAACCUGUGUCAGGAGCUCGGCCAGGUGUCGUACAUUUUCUCGGACAAGACUGGUACGCUGACCCAGAACGUGAUGGAACUCCGGAUGAUUUUCAUCGCCGGUGUCAACAAGGCAUACGGCGACCGAGUCCUUCCACUCAGAUCAGCUCCUGGAGGCACGCCUGACAUGACGUUGGAGGACACGACUUGUUUUCUUGAGGUCCUCGCGGUGUGCCACAGCGUGAUGGUCACCGAGGGCAAGGAGGGCGGGGUCAACUACGAGGCCGAGAGCCCCGACGACGAGGCCCUGGUGGCGGGGGCCAAGGAGCUCGGCUGGGAGCUCCAGGCGCGGAACGGAGACAAGGUCACCAUCGGCACGGGAGCGGGCAGGAAAGAGGAAUACACCAUAGUGGCGACGAACGCGUUCACUUCUUCGCGAAAGCGAAUGUCCGUCAUCGCCAAGAAGGGCGAGGAGCACAUAUUGCUGGCCAAGGGCGCCGACAACGUGAUGGCAGACCGCCUCGCGCGGGGGCAGGACGAGAACGUCAG